UUAGGAGCAUUAAAAUGAAAUAUAAGGGAGAAUUAAGGCGCUUAUAAGAGCUAUUAGCCGACUCCAAUUUCCAAAGAACGUUACGCUCCAUUUCAAGAAACAAGAAACGGUUACAGAUAAUCUCCAAAUAAGUACUCUGUUUGUUUACUCUGCAAAUCAAGAUUCCGAAAUGGCGACUCCACCGGAGAAAAAGCCGAAACUGGACCUGGAUCUGAUCGAAUAUUCCGAGAUGGAGGCUCCGCCGGUGAAGAAGGCGGAACUGGACCUGAGCAACUAUUCCGAAAUGGAUACUCCACCGGAUAAGAAGGCGGAACUGGACCUGAGCAACUAUUCCGAAAUGGAUACUCCACCCGAGAAGAAGGCGGAACUGACCAUGAGCUACUUUUCCGAAAUGGUGUCUCCGCCGGAGAAGAAGGAGGAAUCGAAGCCGAGGGGUUUUGUACACGAAGCUAUGAUCGAAGCGAUCCUCGCAAAAGUACCAGUCAAAUCUCUGGUAAGGUUCAAAUCCGUUUCUAAAUUCUGGGGAUCUUUAAUUUCAGACUCUACUUUCCCUAAUCUCCGAUCAAUUUUUCCCCACAACGUCCUUGUACUCAACGAAAACUCCCAUUUUAUAACUGCCGACCGUGCUGCAAAGAGAUUAGUUACUCUUAAUUCACCAUUUGCCACACCACAUACGACGAUUAUGGGUUCUUGCGGUGGGCUCAUUUGCAUUUCAUGUACUGGUAAUCUCGAGAGCAUCAUCAUAUGGAACCCAUUGACGGGAAAGAUUAGAGAGGUGCCGAAUCCAUCCUGCCCACUGGAUUCCGAUGAUUGCUCUUUUGGGUUUGGGUACAAGUCUUCGGCUAAAGACUAUAACAUAGUUUUAGCAGUAGAAGAACGUCAUUCUGAAGACUGUUUCUAUUCUGUUAAUGUUUUUUCCCUCAAAGAGGAUCGCUGGGAAGUAGUAUAUUCUGCUACUAAUCCUAAGCCUGAGGAUACUAUUGUCGGUGAAGCCGGAUACGGGACGCGAGGGACACACAUUGACGGAGUUUUAUACUGGAACAUUCAAGGAGUAGUGCACUCUUUCAGUUUAGAGUCGAAGAUGUUUUCAAUCUUGCCCCCACCAAGAGGUGAGGGCCAUUUAAGCGCAUUGGAUGGGCUUAGCUUUACGGACUCAUCGGGAAUUUACACUCUCAAUGGUUUCGGUGCUGUGGAUGCCUGGGUGAAUAUUAUUCCAUUCACUGCCAACGAUGUUGAUGUUCAACCUUUGCACGUGACAGAGUCAGAUGAUAUGAGGCCUCUGUACAUGGAUAGUGAACGAAUCAUUAUCGCCAAGAGAUUCCUCGACGAUACCUUUGAAGAUAUUGCUGCCAUCUCGGUCCCCGGCGGUGAAAUUCACACUCUGUUCCAAAUCGGUGAGGGCCGGAGAACAUGUGAUGCUAUUACGUAUCUUGAAGAUAUUGUUGAUCCAAAUAAGUUGAUUUCAAGGGUUAAAUCGACUGAACUAUCCCAGCAUUCACUUGUUCCAACCUCUUCUCGUAGCUAAGCAAAAUAUCCCGUACUUCGAGCCAACUCAGUUCUUUUUUUUCCAUUCACUUGAUGUGUUACUGGAUUCUAUUCCUGUGAAUUCAUACCUGUGAGGACCUAAGCAACCAGAUCAUCAACAGGUAAUCCAUCCUGCUAUGUUUGGUUCAUUCAUUUCAAUCAUUAUGAAUAUUUGAUCAUAUUUGCCACAUAUAUGACAAGUUGAUUUUGAGUUGCAGUUAAAAUUGUACAUUCUUUAGCAUCCUCUUUCUCUAAAUCUACAUGAUUUGCAUAAGCACUUUAACCUCUGCCUUGCCAUGAGUUGUAGUUGCUUGUUUGUUGAAAUUCUUGACAAUGAGUCCUUGGUCCAUAGUUCAAAUGAUUAUGAUGAUUUUUGUUUCAAAUGAUUAUGAUGAUUUUUGUCUCGAUUGCUCCAACUUACUGAACUAUUCCAGCGUUCACUUGUUCCAACUUCUUCUCGUAGCUAAGCAGAAUAUACCGUACUUCGAGCCAACGCAGCUCUUUUUUUCCAUUCGCUUGAUGUGUUACUGGAUUAUAUUCCUGUGAAUUCAUACCUAAGAGGACCAGAGCAACCAAAUCAUCAACAGCUAAUCCAUCCUGCUAUGUUUGGUUCAUUCAUUUCAACCUUUGUGAGGCUCAUAAAUUUCUAUAUUCAGCGAAACCAUUGAGUAAGAAUGGUGUAUAUACAUAUACUGUUGUUCCAUUACCUCUUCCUACAUAAGUUCUCCCUUAUCAUCGAUAAGCACAAUACGCAUGCCAUUGCAUCCACUAGGCAUCGCGUAUCUUCCUUUAUGGGGCUAGAGAUUCUGUCUCAUUCAUUCGUAUGUUUUAUAAGUAUCUUGCAAAUGCCACCCUAUAGGCUACAUAUCUGCAACUAUGUAUAUUUACACAUAUAUCUCUUUCACCUUUCAAGAAAGGCUUCCCAUGGCUUUCGCUUUCUCCCUCAGAAUAAACUUCUGCACUUUCCCGGUUGAUGUUUUAGGCAAAUCCUCAAAAACGACUGUCCGAGGGGCCAUACAAUGGGGCAACUGGUCGCGACAGAACUUUAUUAUAUCUUCCUCGCUCACAUCAAAUCCUUCUUUUAGCUUCACAAAUGCACAAGGUGUUUGUCCCCAAUGAUCAUCUGGCCGUGCCACUACUGCUGCCUCAAAAAUUUCAGGAUGAUAAUGUAAAACUUUCUCCACUUCGACUGUACAUAUAUUCUCUCCACCAGAAAUUAUAAUAUCCUUCAACCGGUCCUGCACUUCUAUAGAACCAUCAGAAUGUCUCACUGCAAGAUCCCCCUUCGAAACCAUCCGCCUUAGCUUUCAAGUCUUUAAGGUACCCACUCAUGAUAGUGUUUCCUCGGAACAUGAUCUCACCUAUUGUUUUACCAUCAGCCGGCACACUUUCAUCGGUUAUCGGAUCUUUCACAUCAACAUCUUCCAAGCCAAAUGAUCUGUGGUGGUGGUGGAGAGCAAGCUUAAGACAGCGACCAUAAGUCUGACUCCAGCAAUACUUCACAUCACCAUAUACAACCGAAGUCCUGUCUCUAUAAACCUUGGCUGCAGCUCUCUCCAGGAAAGUUAUAGGAGACAAAGGAACGUAAUUUGCUGGGCUGCAAACAAGACCCUCCAGAGAAUUCCAUGACUCGGCUUCAACAAACCACCAAAACGUGACUGUAAUUUGUGGGAAUUUUGAUUCAAAUCUUUUGAAAGUGGCACAGAUAAAACGGGUCCCAAGGAACUUAUUAAAAAACACUUGGAUGAGUUGUUAAAGUUCGUAUUAAGUGGGUUCAUGAGAUUGAAUGAUAAAACUAGCUUUUCCAAA